AUCGUACUAAAUAUGACAAACACACUACUGUUGUUAGCAUUCUUGAAGAAACGACAAAUUAUUAAUUCUACAAAAAGAAAGAAACGACAUUUGCGGGUAUGUACCUAUAUUGCAUAUUACAUGUACAUGUAUUACUUUUUUAGUACAUACUACUUACCUUAUUUAUUUCAGGUUCAUCCCAUUUUACAAGGGAGGAGCACUGGAGGAACAAGAAUUUUAAUAGAAGAACUCCGACUUGAUUCGGCAAGAUUUGUAAAUUAUUUUAGAAUGUCUAGUGAAUGUUUUGAUAAACUUCUAAAUAAAGUUGGGCCACACAUUGUGAAAAUUGAUACUUUUAGAGAAGAUGUCAUCGGUCCAUCACAACGAUUAGCUUUAACAUUAAGAUUUUUGGCAUCUGGAGACAGUAUGACAAGUCUCUAUUAUUCUUACCGAAUAUCUUUAAUAUCUACAUCUAAUAUAAUUAGAGAAACAACAAGAGUAAUAUGGGAUGUUCUUGCGCCAGAUGUUUUUGUAAAGCAGAUUGAAGAAGAUUGGAAAAAGGUAGCAAAAGGCUUCGAAGAGAAAUGGAAUUUUCCACAUUGCAUUGGUGCAAUCGAUGGGCAGCAUGUUGUAAUACAGGCUCCUCAAAAUAGUGGAUCAUUAGAAAAAUUCGAAUAACUCGAGAACGGCGGAAUCAAAUUGCAAAAAGUAAAGUUAUUUAUAAACCUUGAAAACAGACAAAUCCAAAUAUGUAAAAAUAGGGUGUUCCAUCU